GGGUGGGCCUUCCCACAAAGCGCUUUGUUCUUGUGCUCAGAGCGUCUUCCUUAGACACCCGACAGUUAAGUGCAGAGAAAAUCAGAAAGGAGAUUUGACUCGUUCAAUGGUGUUAAGACAGAGGACAGGCCCAAAGCAGGGGGGUCACUGUGUCCCUGGUACAGUGGUUUGUGCGACUUUGGGCCUGGCCAUCGGCUGGCCCUGGGGAGCGGGGCUGCCUGGGGGGAGUGUGAACCCAGGGAAACAGGUAAGGGGUCCCGCCUUCUGCCAGCUGGGGAGCUGAGAUCACCAGGCUGGUCGUGCCCACAGGUCGGGGCGUCUCCCACACAGCGCCUCACCCAGGGGGGGUUCCUAUGUUUAUUCCACCAUCCUUCCCGAGGGUCCCUGCAGGUGCCAGAGAGAAGAGGAAGCAUCUGAAGGGCUUAUCUAGAGCAGCCAGCUUGUCCUAGGCAGUUAGCUCCGCCCUUGGGGUGGGAAGAGCCCAAGAGUGUUCUGAGCAGAAGCUCGCCUCUUCUCUUGCCUCUGCCUUCUGGAUGUUUCCUCCACGGCCAACUGGGCCCAGACCAAGCCUGAAGGAGGCAGCCUGUGAUGGGAGCCCACUCGGAAGACCCCCACCUGUGCCGGGCCUCCCGGCUCCUGGGGUUCAGCAGCCUCGUCCUCAGUGCGGCGGCUCCUCUAAAGUAAUGGGACACAACAAGCCAAGGACACAAGCAGAUGCAAACCGCAAUGGGACGCAGCAGCUGGCACGUGGGGACAGGGACCUGCCGUCCGGGCCGGGCAGCGUCAGGCGGGACGCAGCCGCCUGCUGUCGGAAUGAGGGAGUUAGUGAGGACAUCAUUGCGUAGAAGGAUCUGGAAUCUUCUACAAGCAAUACUGGCCUGAGCCGUUCUCUGGGUUCUCUGCUUCCUGGGAGAGCCAGGAACGAUGUGAGCACAGCCAGGAGCAGGCCCCGGGCGCCUUCAGCACUGUGGUCAACGGUUCUGGAACUCAUGGAUCUCAAGUGGAGGAUUCUGGAUACCUGGUUUCUCUGAAGGGAACACAAGGAGGUUCUGUGUCAUUUCAUGUGAUCAGACGUCCAGAAUUAGCUCCAGGACUCAAGCUGGAGAAGAUUUCUUGGGCCUUUAAAAACAAGUCCGACUACUUACUUCUCCUGCUCAUGUCUCCUGGGGAAGAUGUUCCAAAAUGGGUCAACUUCCAGGACAAGUUCGAGAACAGGGUCCAUGUGCUCAACACCAGGAUCCUGAGGAUUGACAACCUGACCCUUGAGGACAGUGGGCAGUACUGGGCUCGAGUCUCUUUAACAGGAGGAAGAGAAACGAACCGGUAUUUCCACCUCACUGUCUACGAGCCCGUGCCCCGCCCCCAGAUCCUGGCCGAGACUCCAUCCGUCACACCAGACUGGUGCAAUGUCACCCUGGAGUGCCACGCCCCGGGACCCAGAGAGGACGUGAAUGUGUCCUGGGAGAGCAAGGGCCUCCCCAGGGAGCUGGAGCAGAGAGGGGUCCCAGGACCGGCCCCCAACCCCUGGACCGUGGCUCUGAAGGUGCCCCUGAGCCAGCCCAGCCCCCGCAUCACCUGUGUGGUCAGCAACCCGGGGGACCGGAAAACUGCCACCCGGGACCUUGGGGACGUCUGUGCCCACGGUCCACUUGGACAGGCCGGUGCUGGCUUCUUGAGAGACAUCCUGGGGGCUCUUGGCAUCACGUUCCUGAUCCUUGGAGCUGGACUGUACCUUCGGUGCUCACGGGGGAAGAAGCAGAGCUUGGAGCCUGGGAGAGGGUCGCAGGAAGAGCACAGGGACUGUUUUGGUGGCGUCCGUUAUGCAGGGAAGAUGUCCCGAGACCACAGGAAGCAGGGUUCGGGGGAACCACAUCUCGAACAGGAGACACCGCUCACGACAGUCUACAGUGAGGUCCGCCACCCAGGCCAGGGCUUGAGGGUGAUUUAACUGGAAGAAGCAGGGAAUCCAGCCUCCCCCCGACACCUCUGUUGUGUGCGUGAUGCCUGCGGCCCUGGUCCUGCCCCUUCCCCGUCUGACUGCUCUCAGCGGGGACCGGAUUCAUCCAACCUCCGUGAAUCUCUAUGCGGACACGUCGUGCCCAAGUUGAGCAGAAGACACACAUCGCGGCAGAUCGAGGGGGACUUUCGUCAUUAAACGAGUCCAAAGCUGUGGUCCAGUUCCGCUCUGCCUCAGCCCCUUUGGCAACCGUCAACGGAGCCCACUCUCCCCACGUGUGUGCCCCGUCCGUCAUCCUGUCCGGACUCUCGGCCUCUGGGACCCAUCGACAUGAAGUCUCAACUUCCAGCCUCGACCGGUUCACCACCAGCCAAUUGUCAGUAUGUGCAUUUUCUUUCCGUCUCUCUCCCCAAAUAUAUGUGUAAAUAACCACUUAAAAAAAAAAAAGAUGAAAUUUGUCUAAGACCUAUUAUGGCUUUGUAAUUUCAGGUUUAAUUUGAAAAAGUUUGUUUUCACUCUGA